AGCUUUAAUACCCAAUAUAAUGGGUACCAACCUUUAUGAAUAUUUCACGAUUACUCUAUUACCCACAAAGGUGAGUCAUUUAUUAUCAUCUACAGUCUACACCGCAGUUAAUUCGAAAUAAUUGUUCCUUUGCUGUGGUUGAAUCAAUGUUUCUAUUUACUUCAACCCAUUAGAGAGUCACAGUCGCGCCACUGUAAUGCCACGCUAGAGCUCUGUAACUGUGAUAAUGUUUGUGAUAAGGGCGGUAAAGAACUUCUGUUUGUUCGGUAGCUGUAUUCAGUGCUGCAUUCAUAAAGAAGUGGAAGAGGAGAAAAUCGACGGACCCCUUAGGAGGUCCAUUUCUGCAUUAAACCUCAGUAGAAUUGAAGACCUACCCAACAGACUGACCAGAGGGAGAGUACUUUGCAUCACUGCAUCCACCACUCCUAACUGUCAGAGAUGGGCUGUCAAUCUCCUAUGCGGGAAUUCCCACAAUUCAGAUAUAGCUUUCCACUUCAACCCGCGUCUCUUACAGCAUUUCGUGGUUCGCAACUCACGUCUGAAGGGCCAAUGGGGAAACGAAGAGACUUUGACGUGCGGUGGAUUUCAAAUCAAACACGGUGAAGAAUUUCAACUCAGGAUUUAUGUGGCGGAUAGCCAGUUUUUCGUCUCUUACAACAAUAAGCAUGUCUGCAACUUCGCAUUCAGGAUAUCGCCGAGCAACGUCACCCAUGUUGAAGUAUGUGGAAUGAUCGAUGUGUACAAGAUUGAAGUGGUCAAUUUUGAUACGUAUCCAGUGGAUGGGGGAGACGUGUACGUUGCCAAAGAGAUCAGCAGGCCUAUUUCGAACAAUAAAAAAUUGGUAACCCCUCUGAGAUGCGUUCUGCCCGAAAGUUUUCAACAAGGUUGGCAAAUCGAAAUUUAUGGAGUACCUAAAAUUCUUCCUCAAUCGUUUUCGAUAAGCUUGCGAGACCAGAAUUAUUUAUGGCCACCAUGUACCAUUCCUCUAAGUCUAACAGCGCAUUUCGGCAACAAUAUAUUGGUGAGGAAUGCCUUUAUCGAUAAUAAAUGGGGUAUGGAGGAAAGGGCUGGAGGUUUCAAGUUUCUUCCUUUCACCCCGUUCACGUUAUGGAUCAGGAGGAGUGCGAAAAAGUUCAGUAUAUGGGUGAACGAGAAACUGCAAGCUGAAUUCGCAUUCAGAUGCGAUAUUGCCCAAAUGAACUCAGUCCACGUACAGGGAGAUGUCAUUGUAGGUGGGAUUUACAUCAAUAAGCAGCCUGAGAUGUAUUAUUGAAAUAUUAUUUGUAAUUCAAUGCUGUUUCAAGUUUUAUUUUUGUUAUUUAUACAUUUUCUUACUUACUAAUAAACUAUAGCUUUAGUUUU